CGCAAGCGUUUAGCGUCAGAGGACGAUGAUGAUGACUUGAGCCGUCAACCGAUCGAAAUUGACGACCGUCAACUUCAAGUUGCCCCAGCGCUACCGACUCCUCCUCUUAUGUGGAGAUUUCACCCACAAGGGCUGGAACUAUCGUCGGAUAGAGUCUUAAAGGAUGUCAGGGACUGCUCUCGCACAAUAUUAAACCCAAUUUCUAUCCCGGUUUCUUUCAAUCUCGUAUCUCGUCUUGAUAUACCAAAGCUCGGGCUCCUCGACCUUCGGCUUGGGGGCUAUGUGCCUGCUGCACCUGGACAACCAGGCCUCGUCUUGGUGCGGGGCACGGACACGAAUAAAGAGGUCUUCCAGUCAUUUGUGCCUGUCCAGGACCGACCCGACCAGCUAUUCUAUUGCGGGAUAUACAAUUUCAAGGUGAUCCGGGAGCUAUCGAUAGAAGAAUUCAGCAAUCAAGGGUUUUGGUUUCAGAUCGAGUGGGCUAAGGUGGUGUUGGGGUCAGAGAGGGAUGAUUUGGGGCAAGUAUCAGUUAGAAAGUCUGAUGUCAUCAUGACACGAGCCGCUUCACAACUUGCUGUUGGUAAACUCACAACAGAGGAUGUGCUGGAGGCACUGGCAAAGGGUCAGGAGAAGUUGUACCUUGCGAGGCUUAAGUGCAUCGGCUUUGACCAUGCGUUGGAUCAGCGCAUUCAAGACGAAGUUUCUCGCAUGACGCAUGACAAAGCAGACUAUGCAUAUGACAUCAGAGGACGAAUUACUCGGAUAACUCAAGGCUGAUAUUCACAAUCAAUUUCCAUCUACUGAUUCAUUC